UUAAUACAUCUAUCUAUUCUAUCUAUUAUAUAUACAACACAAAAGCCCUGAUCAAAACUCAUCAUUCUUAUACAAAACAACACACAGAAACAUCUUCUAAAAUUACAUAUUAAAACCAUGAGUCACUCCAAUCAAAACGAAAUUCCUGUUGCAUAUCCUCCACAACCACAAGGAGCUUCAUAUGUCAUGGCACCACCACCAGUUGGAUAUCCGAAUAUGGACCUAAACGCGAAAAUCGAUAAUAGUAAUAACGAUCAGGCUCCUGUACAUACUCAAACUAGAGGCGAUGGCUUCUGGAAAGGAUGUUGUGCUGCUCUAUGUUGUUGUUGCAUGUUGGAUGCUUGUUUCUAGAGCAAGUCAAGAUGAUGAUGGUUUCAUGAUUUGAUGGUGACGAGUAUUGAUUUAUUUCUUUUUAUAGAUAUAUUUGUUUGUUGAUAAAUUAUAGGGUAAUAUAAAUAAAUACGGAGUAUUUGAUAAUAAUGGUAGAUUGGUAGAUGAUAGAUGAUGUGUGUUAUACGCUUUUUCUUCUUUUUAUGUAUAUGUAUUGAUUGAUCUUUUUGUA